AUGAUCGACCUUGCAUCUGCUUGUGAAAGCCUCCGAGAGAUUGUGAUCAUCAACAAUGAGGAGCACUUUGCCAUAACCGGCCAUAUCUCUGACUUUCUUAGCAUGGGACCUAUGCAGACAUUCAUCGGUACGGCCCGCAACGCGAUCAUCCGGCAACGAUUGUUCCAGCUGUCGAAGUUCCUUAUCUGUGGCAGGAAAAACUCGCCUUGGGAAGCCGUUGAACUAACAUUGGGUUAUCAUUGGAGCAUCGAUCUUCUGCACAACAAAACUACUGUAUGGCCACACAUCAACUGUGUACCACCAAAAGUCUGGGACAAAGCGGACGGCACACAAGCAUAUUGGAUGCGCUAUCAGGAGGCGCCAGGCUCGAAGAUUCUUGACAUUGCCGACCUAUCCUCGAAUGACGGCAUCACACGUCUGAUCGAUGGUUCAUCAUGGUCAAAAUCAUCGAACACAGGCAUUGAGCUCCCCAGUCAUCAGGUCAAGUCACUAGACGAUCAUGAGUGGUUGCGCGAUGAUAUCAGUAUUAUGCUGGAGAGGUCUGAACAGCUCAAAGCUUAUUCGCCAGGUCACUGCCACGACCUUUGGUUCUGGGAGAAAUGUCUCGGUCGUCGCCUCAUCGACGUACAGUUUCUCGAUGGAACAACUCUCCCUGAUUGUCCGAAACGUGAGCAGCCACCUGCAGAGAAAGAACUUGUCGAGAUGAUGGCCAGAACAAGCCAGUUUGGCGAUGUUCAACAAGACAAACAAGGCGGCGACGAUGAUUAG